UGAUAAAAUCUUAAGAUAAAAAUUUUCGCAUUGUUUUCACUUAGUCAGCCAAAACCAUGAAGUUGGUAUUGUUUCUACUUGCGAUUUUUACGGCCGCCUUACCUGCAAAAAUUCCAGACUUUGCUCCUACAAGUUCAGACACUUUGGUUCUCCUACAUGUGCUAUUCAGACAUGGGAACCGAACGCCUGAUAAAUUCAGCCAGUUUCCAACUGAUCCCCACAUUAACGACACUUUUGAACCAUUUGGUUACAGUCAAUUGACCACCAAAGGAAAGAAAACCGAGUUUGGAAUCGGGCAAUACAUUCGACAAACAUACGGUGAUUUCAUCCCCGAACAGUAUGGACCGGGCGUUGCUUACGCAAUUUCCACCGACUUUAAAAGGACUAAAAUGUCGCUUGAAUUAGUCCUGGCAGGACUGUUUCCGCCACUUGAGUCGGACGUCUUCUCCCCUGGUUUAAACUGGCAGCCAGUGCCUUACGAAAUUGACGACGGAAUUGACCUAAUACGAGUUCCCGCCAUGUACUGUACGACCUACCUCCAGCAGUAUUACAGAUACAUUUUGUCAAAAGAAGCCCAAGAAGUGUUGAAAAAUUAUCAAGGUCUUUACCAGCAAGUAUCAAAUUUCACGGGAAAAGAUAUUGCCUUACCUGAAGAAAUUUUCGAUAUUUACGAAACACUCGAAAGUGAAAAAGAUUUUGGACUCGAGCUGCCUGCAUGGACUUUGGAUAUUUUUCCAGAAGUUUUGGAAAAGGCGUCUUCAGUUUAUAUCGAAUUUGCCACCGCGACAACUGGCUUAAAACGAUUGUCCACAGGGCGUUUACUUAAAAAAAUAAUUGACGACAGUUUGGCCAAACGAGAUGGGACUUUAUCAGAAGAUCGCAAGAUUUUCUUGUACUCGGCACAUGAUUACAGUGUUGGAGUAAUGUUAAGAGCCUUGGAGGUGUUCUACUCACACGUACCACCCUAUGGAGCUACGAUUUUCUUCGAAAUUCACAACAUUGAUGGGACUUAUGGCUUAAAGCUAUUCUACCAGGAUUAUAGCCAGGAAACACCCAGACUGCUUACUAUACCUGGCUGUUCAAGUUUUUGCGAUCUUGACAAAGUGGUAGAGCUGAUGUCUGAGAAUUUUCCGACUGAAGCCGACGUCUGCAAUUACUCGGGAGAGCUUCUGUAAAUAAAAACCGCAAUGGGCUCACACUUAAUACAAUAAAAAUAUUUAAAAAAAUAA